GUGACCGUUUGGAUGAAUUGGGUUGAAAUGUAAACAAAAAGUGGAUAAUUUACGUCAAUUAUGAUUAUUAUAGUAAUUAUAAUAAUAAUAUAUAAUAUAAAGUAAAGUAUUUAUUUUUCUAUUAAAUGUUAAACGCGUUUUUAUAAUGACUCCUACAAUUAAAAGUCCACUGACCGUGAAGGUGAAAGAAAAUGAUUCGCAAACAAACAUUAAAAGCAGCUCUGAGUUAUUAGUAAGAGUGAGAUACAAUAACACUUUACCAGAUUUUCCAUUUGAUUUAAAAUUCAUCAAACAUCCUUUUUCCACGAGUCGUUUUGUCGAGUACAAACCAACGACAUUAGAACAGGAAUUUAAACAUGAAUUAUUAAAUGAGCCUGAUUUGGGAAUUGAAAUUGAUUUAGUUGAUCAAGAUCGUUUCACGUCGAAUUGCAAUUCUCAAUUGGAUCCGGCCGAUGAGAAAAUUUUCGAAGAAGAAAUUUUUAUGCCCCAAGAUGUUACUCGCUCGAUACAUCAUGCAAAAAGUGUCUCCUGGCUUCGUCGAACCGAAUAUAUUUCGACAGAACAAACACGAUUUCAAUCUCAAACUGUCGAAAAAGUUGAGGCUAGAGUUGGAUACAAUGUCAAAAAAACUCUCGCGGAAGGUAUUUUAUACAUGGAUCGUAGCAGUCAAAUAAGCGCAAUAAAAAAGACAUUUGAAGAUAAUAAAAAACCAAUUGAAGUACAUCACAGUAAACCGAAUGUUGUUCCGGUUGAAAUAUUUCCAGUGUUUCCUGAUUUCGAGUUAUGGAAAUAUCCUUGUGCGCAAGUAAUUUUUGAAACGGAUCCUGCACCACCAGGACGCUCUAUUUCUGCGCAAAUUGAAGAAAUGUCGCAAGCUUUGAUCAGAGGUGUAAAGGAUGAGAGUGGAGAACAAUUUGUCGCUUAUUUUUUGCCAACGCAAGAAACACUGGAAAAACGUCGAAGAGAUGUGAAAGCGGAAGUAAAUUACAUGUCCGAUGAUGAAUAUGAUUAUAAAAUAAAUCGUGAAUAUAACUGGAGUGUAAGGAGCAAAGCUACUAAAGCCGGUUACGAGGAAAAUUACUUUUUCGUUGUACGAAAAGACGGGAUUUACUACAACGAGCUGGAAACUCGUGUACGCUUAGUUAAGCGGAGACUGAAGAAAAAUCAAGUUCCGAACAAUACUCGUUUAAUUGUUCAACACAGGCCUCUUACGAGUGUCGAGUCGAAAAUGCACAGAUAUAGAGAAAAACAAUUGGAACCCAGUUGCUACGAGGAUGAGAGCGAACAAGAGCAGGACGUACAAUUAGUUCCCUCCCAAGUUCAAGAGAAUGACAAAGAUGGCUUGGAUUCACAACGUCGUUCCAGAUCAAAAUCAAAAUCAGUGAGCCGAUCGAGAUCAAGAUCAAAAAGUCGUUCAGGAUCCAGUACAAAAUCGAGAUCUAGAUCUAAAAGUCGAUCGCGAUCUCGCUCAAACUCUACGUCGAGAUCCAAAUCAAAAAGUCGAUCUCGAUCUCGCUCAAACUCUACAUCGAGAUCCAAAUCAAAAAGUCGAUCACGAUCGCGUUCAAAAUCCUCCUCAAGAUCUAGAUCAAAAAGUCGUUCACGAUCUCGAUCAAAUUCUACAUCGAGAUCUAAAUCCAAAAGUCGUUCGCGAUCGCGCUCAAAAUCGACAUCAAGAUCCAAAUCCAGAAGUCGAUCAAGAUCGCGCUCAAAAUCGACAUCGAGAUCUAAAUCCAGAAGCCGAUCGCAUUCUGGAUCGAGAUCAAAAUCCAGAAGUCGAUCUCGUUCUUCAUCAAAUUCAGUUUAUUAUUCUUCACGGUCCAGAUCGGGCUCAAAGUCACCGAAUAAAUCACGUUCACCGUCUGUUGAUUCAAACUAAAAAAAUUUACAAAUUUGAAAAUCGUAAAAAAAGGAUAAAAUUCCGUACGAUAUUAACAAACUUUUGUUAAACAAUUGUUGAAAGUUUUUCUAUUUUUUCGUUCUAUUUUUUUGAAAAUAUUAAAAUAUUUUGUUUUUUUUUCAAAGAUGUUUCAAGAGUGAGAAAAAACAAUCAAAAAGUUACACAUUUAAUGUGUAUUUAUAAAGAAUAUUAGAAAUAAAAAACACUUAAGAAGUUAAUUAUGUUAAUUACAUGUACUAAUUUUUCUAA